CUGGGAAGUUAACGUAUUGCUGGAAAGUAGGGAUGUUAAAAUAGUAAAAUAAAUAUUGCAUAUUUGGGGGGCACCAGGAUCAGGAUCGGGAGCAGAUGGAGCAGCCAGGAAUCCGUGUGACGACGGCGUCAUCAGGAAAACCAACACCAGCAGUGACGCAAGGCAAACGGAAGGACUCUGGCCAGCUGACACGCGAUGAUUUUGAUGGUGGACCUGUCAGCAUUGAUGAGAUUGAGAUGGGCUUGUUUUUGGGCAACCUGACGGCAGCAACUCACACGGAGACAUUAAAGUCGUUCAAGAUUACACACAUCCUGACACUGGACUCGGUGCCACUGCCUCAACACAUUGUGGAGGCCAGUUUUCUAACCACCAAAUAUGUGCAGAUUGCCGACAUGCCACGUGCAGACAUUCUGCAGCAUCUGGAGGCCUGCGUGGAAUUUAUCACUUCGGCCCUGGACCAGCAGGGUAAUGUCCUGGUGCAUUGCUAUUUCGGUGUGAGUCGGAGUUCCUCUGCGGUGAUUGCCUAUAUGAUGAAACGCCAUAAUCUGGACUUUCAGGCUGCCUUUGAACUGGUGCGGUCAAAGCGACGCUUUGUCCAGCCCAAUGCUGGAUUUGUUACCCAGCUAAAGCUAUACCGACGCAUGGGCUGCAAAAUUGAUGCCAGCUGUCAGCGCUACAAGAUGCAUCGCCUUCGUUUGGCCGGCGAGCAGAUGCGUAAGGCGAAGAUACUGCCCCAGGGCUUUCAUAGUGUUGUGAAUCCCGAUCCAGAUAUAACCCGCGAGAAUCCAGAGCCCAAUGUAUUUCGUUGUCGUCAAUGUCGCCGCGUCCUUGCCACCAAAUCGCAUGUUCUCGAGCAUAAACCGCGCGACCGACCAGUGGAAGAGCGAGUGAUCGUACCAGCACCAGGACCACCACCGCCGCCACCAACGUCCGCAGCGCAAUGCCGCAUAGAACAAUUGUCUGAGCGUCUGCGGCAAGCCUCUUUGGGCUCACCCGGUCAAGAGGAUGGCCCUGCGGCAGCAACAAAUUGUCGUCGAAUAUUGUUUGUGGAGCCCAUUGCCUGGAUGAAUCGUAUCAUGCACAAUGAACAGGGUCGCCUCUACUGCCCCAAGUGUGAAAAGAAGCUGGGCAACUUCAGUUGGGUCAAUGCUUGUCAGUGUCCGUGUGGCGAGACAAUGACGCCGGCAUUCUAUUUAAUACCCUCAAAAGUGGAGCUAUCCAAGACAGUGCAAAAUGUUCAAACAACUGUCUAACCCAUCUUUAAAGGGGGGAGAGAGAGGUGGCAGAAUACUUUAAAGCGAUAUUUUGCGUCUUGCAUUUUGCGAAUCAAUAGUUAAAAUUCCAAUUUAAUAAUUAACUAGUUAGCCAAUGAAAUUUCGCAAAUAAGUUUUUGUCUCAACCGCUCCAAAAUGUGAAUUCGAGACGAUAAUGUAAUUGAAUACCAAAUCCAAUUUGGAUUCCACCUUUACUAUUUAUAUACAUACGGAUAUUUACGCUGUUGUUCCAUUUAUGCAUUGCUUAGUCUUUUUGGUUAAUUGUACGAAUAUAUUUAUUGUUUGCAUAGUAAAUUUUUAGCCACUUAUGAAGCCAGA